AAAUGAAUUGAUAACAAGCAAGUAUCAGCCGCUUCCAAGUAAUUGGUUGUUAAAAGUUUUUCAUUAUAUUUAUUCGACCUACUGACACGACAAAAAUGAAGUCUAUAAACAAAAUUUUGAAUAUUUGUUCGACUCUUCCAAAGAAUACAAGGUUGAUUUCGACAACAAGUAGUAAUCUCAACGCCGAUGAUGGAUGGUUUUCGAAAUUGCUGGUGCGUAGGAUAGAACCGACGAAAGAGUCGCACAGUCGUAUGCUUAGCGACAAGGAAAUUGUAUACGCACUCCAUACUCAUAAUAUCAGACCCGACUCCGUCGAUAAAUACCUGAAAAAUUAUAAAACAUCAGUAGAGUUUGUGGAAUCAAGGAAAGCAGACCUAGGCUGUGAGCUGGUGGGAUCAUGGACAGUGUCAGUUGGAGAUAUGGACCAAGCGUUACAUCUAUGGCGUUAUGUUGGUGGCUUCGAAAAAAUCGACAAAGCUAAGAUUUUAUUUAGGGAAAAUCCAGAUUACCGUGCGUUAGAAAAGGAGCGUGGUAACUUCGUGCGGUCUAGACACUUGCAGUACUUGCUUGCAUUCAGUUUCUGGCCCAAUGGCGAGCCUCGUCAGCCCAACAACAUCUAUGAGAUUAGAUCAUACAGUUUGAAGCCGGGCACAAUGAUAGAGUGGGGCAACAACUGGGCGCGCGGGCUGACAUACCGCCGCGCCCAAAACGAGGCCUUCGCAGGAUACUUCUCGCAGAUCGGACGCCUCUACAAUGUUCAUCACAUUUGGUGUUACAAGAACUUGCAGGCGCGUCGUGAGACUCGCGAGAGCACGUGGCGCAAUCCGGGCUGGGACGAAUGUGUUGCAUACACCGUGCCUCUCAUACGCGAGAUGCAUUGCCGCAUCCUCGAGCCCACUGAGUUCUCCCCCACGCAGUAAACGAGCAAUGUACCACGUGAAUAUUAGCCCUUUGCAUACAUAUCUAAAAAGUGAUAAAGAUUCAAUUGAUAUUGCAAUAAUAGAGAACAUGGUUUGAAGUAGGAUUAACUUAUUUACAUUUUACAUAAUUCUUUCCUUUUCUUUAUAUAAUUCUAUUUACUUGUGUUAUUUAUGUCUGCAGUUUUGUCUCUUGUAGCAAAGGGUUAAUAAUUAUACAUUGAGUAUAGAAAAAAGUUUAAAGUUCAUCAUCCGUGAAUACUAUUUGAAGCCGAUAACGAUUUCACUUUGUCACAGUCUAAAAAUAAUCUAGCAAUAGUCUAGUGACCAAUAGAAUACAAAGUGCCUAGAUUUAACUAUUCUAGCAGUUAACUACCGUCCUGCCCCUAAGAGUAGUCUGCUAGAAAUAUUUUUUUUAGUACUUGUUUCAGUUAUAUUUUAUGUAUUAAAAAUAGUUGUUGAACAUGUUUAUGAAAA